AUGAACGGGGAGAAGAGGGGCGGGACUUCCGGGCGGGCUGUCACCCUCUUCCCCCCUUUCGGGCUGGAGGCUCCACCUUUUGUGUUUCCCGCACAGUCAAUCAAAAUAGGAAAAAAAAUCCCCCGGACCGCUCCGGCCGUGUCCGCCGCCGCUUCCCGCAUCCUCUCCCGCCGCCGCCGCCUCCGCUCCUCACCAUGUCCAGUUCCAACCACCCCGGGGCCGCCGUCGCUGCCGCCGCCUCCGAAUGUGUGUGUGAGGCUGGGAAGUGUGAGUGUGUGCGGGGUGGGGAGGGGCACAGCCUCCCUCCCUGCUUUCUCCUUCCCCCGGCCACCGUCCGCUCCUAAGAAUCCCGCGCCCCCCCAACCCCCUAAGCGCCGUCCCAAGCCUGGGCCCCGAGUCCCACUGGGAGCGCAUCCCCCCGGUGUGCGUGUGGUGACCGACCGUGCGAGAGGAGAGAGCGCGAGAACCAGUCUGGGCUUCCCCCUCCAUUGUCACUGCAGCACCUCGCCGAGGAGGCUCCACAAAAUGAAGCCUGAAAGGCGGGUGGGGAAGAGCCCUCACUCCAAAAUGGAUGUUGGAGCAGUUCCUCGCUGUGCUGCAAACUCCAUCGCUGAACGCUAUUUUCAGAAGCAUUUUUUGGUCAAAACAGGUGACCUGACUUCUGUACAACUAGGAGAAACUCCAAACAGAUGGGAGGUUUUGCCUGCAACAUCCACCAAUAUAAAGGAUGAAGCUGGUAAUAUAGUACAAAUUCCAGGUACUACCACGGUAACUUCAAGUGGGCAAUAUGUCCUCCCCCUUCAGAGUUUGCAGAACCAGCAAAUAUUUUCAGUUGCAUCAGGAUCAGAUUCAUCCAAUGGUACAGUGUCCAACGUUCAGUAUCAAGUCAUACCUCAGAUUCAGACAACAGAUGGUCAACAGGUCCAGAUUGGUUUCACAGGCUCGUCAGAUAAUGGGAGUAUAAAUCAAGAAAGUGGUCAAAUUCAGAUCAUUCCUGGCUCUAAUCAAACAUUACUUGCUUCUGGAACACCAUCUUCUAAUAUUCAGAAUAUUUUAUCACAGACUGGACAAGUCCAGGUUCAGGGAGUUACAAUUGGUGGUUCAUCUUUUCCUGGACAAACCCAAGUAGUUGCUAAUGUGCCUCUUGGUUUGCCAGGAAAUAUUACCUUUGUACCGAUCAAUAGUGUUGAUCUAGAUUCUUUGGGACUUUCCAGCAGUUCUCAGACAAUGACUGCAGGCAUUAAUGCUGAUGGACAUUUGAUAAACACCGGACAAGCUAUGGAUAGUUCAGAUAAUUCAGAAAGGACUGGGGAUCGAGUUUCUCCUGAAAUUAGUGAAACGAAUACAGAUACAGAUUUAUUUGUGCCAACAUCCUCUUCAUCACAGUUGCCUGUUACUAUAGAUAGUUCAGGUAUAUUACCACAGAACACCAAUAGCUUGACCACUUCUGGUAGUCAGGUGCACUCUUCUGAUCUUCAGGGAAACUAUAUCCAGUCAUCUGUCUCUGAUGAGACACAGACUCAGAAUAUUCAGGUCUCUACAGCACAGCCUAUUGUACAACACCUACAACUCCAAGAGUCUCAGCAGCCAACUAGUCAAGCCCAGAUUGUACAAGGUCUCACACCCCAGACAAUCCAUGGUGUGCAAGCAGGUGGCCAGAGUAUAUCCCAGCAGGCCUUACAAAAUCUUCAGUUGCAGCUGAAUCCUGGAACCUUUUUAAUUCAGGCACAGACAGUGACCCCUUCUGGACAGAUAACUUGGCAGACAUUUCAAGUGCAGGGGGUCCAGAACUUACAGAACCUCCAGAACUUACAAAUACAGAAUACUUCUGCCCAACAAAUAACUUUGACACCUGUUCAGACUCUCACCUUUGGUCAAGUUGCAGCAGGUGGAGCCUUGACUUCAACUCCGGUUAGUCUAAGCACUGGUCAGUUGCCAAAUCUACAGACAGUUACAGUAAAUUCUAUAGAUUCUACUGGCAUACAGCUACAUUCAGGAGAGAACGCUGAUAGCCCUGCAGAUAUUAGGAUCAAGGAAGAAGAGCCGGAUCCAGAAGAGUGGCAGCUCAGUGGUGAUUCUACAUUGAAUACCAGUGAUUUAACGCAUUUGAGAGUACAGGUGGUAGAUGAAGAAGGGGACCAACCACAUCAGGAAGGAAAAAGACUUCGACGAGUAGCUUGUACCUGUCCCAACUGUAAAGAAGGUGGUGGGAGAGGCGCCAAUCUUGGGAAAAAGAAACAACAUAUUUGUCAUAUACCAGGAUGUGGUAAAGUGUAUGGGAAGACAUCACACUUAAGAGCUCACCUUCGCUGGCAUUCUGGGGAACGUCCUUUUGUUUGUAACUGGGUAUUCUGUGGGAAAAGAUUUACUCGAAGUGAUGAGUUACAGCGGCACAGAAGAACACAUACAGGUGAAAAGAAGUUUGUUUGUCCAGAAUGUUCAAAACGCUUUAUGAGAAGUGACCACCUUGCCAAACACAUUAAAACACAUCAGAAUAAAAAAGGUAUUCACUCUAGUAGUACAGUGCUGGCAUCAGUAGAAGCUUCACGAGAUGAAACUUUGAUUACUGCAGGAGGAACGACACUUAUCCUUGCAAAUAUUCAACAAGGUUCUGUUUCAGGGAUAGGAACUGUUAAUACUUCCGCCACCAGCAAUCAAGAUAUCCUUACCAACACUGAAAUACCUUUACAGCUUGUCACAGUUUCUGGAAAUGAGACAAUGGAGUAAAUAUUACACAAAUACUUAUUCAUUGUGGUUAUUUUUAUACAGUAGUGAGAAGAAUAUUGUUCCUAAGUUCUUAGAUAUCUUUUUAUUGAUGUGCAAAAAUUUUUGGAUUGACAGUAACUUGGUUAUACAUGACACUGAAAUGCCUUACUUUGUAUGAUAUUCCAUAGUAUAUUAAAAUGGUAAAAUUGCAUGGGUUUUGUAGGUACUUUUGGAAUCUAGAAGAGAUGAAAUUUUACCAAGUUAUAUAAAGAGAAAAAUGAAUUUAACAAUGGGAAUGGUAGUCUAACCAAAUGCAUCAAUCCUGUGUGGUUUAGUGUAAAAAUGAGAACAUGUUGGUAUUUAUCUAUUGUAAGAUAAAAGAAGUUGGUGGAUGAAAGAAAUCAUGUUAUGAUAAAAGAAAUUUUGUAAUUUUCUUGAUGACUGGAAUUUUUAUUAUGCAUAACUGACAAAUCAAGUUUCCAAGCAAAUGUUACCUAGUGUAGGCUUUACUUAGCUCUUCAAUUUGUCAUUUUGAAGCUAAUUAUUUUAAUUAGGUUAACUAUGUACAAUAUUUUAAGCAUUACUCUUGUAAGAUUUUGAAAACUACAUUUUAACAUGGAACUCUAGGGAUAGUCACCUUUUAAAUCCUGUUGAAAAGCCAUGUUUAAGAUUUAAUUUGCCAAAAUGAUGUCUUGUUAAUAUUAUUCUUUCAAUAACGAAGUUGGGCAAUAUAACCAAUGUUUAAAAAAAAAAAAGCUUAAAAUGUAUAGGUUGAGGCAUUUGGGUGGUAAAAACAAUGUUGUGAAUUAUCCCUUUUCUUGAACAUUGGAGGACCAAAAAUAAGGUGUAUUGCGUCUUAGCAGUGAUUUUUUUUUUUUUUAAUCAAAUCUUGUUUCCAAAAACCAUGUCUGCCAGGGCCUUAAAAGCCAUCAUGUAAAGUUACCAGUAAAGUAUAACAUAUGCAAACAUAACAGAAAAUCACUUCCGUAGUGACAAUACUCCAACCACAUGGAUAUUAGUCAUAGAAAACUAGAGGUUUUAUGAGUUUUUUUUUAAAAGAAGUUUUUUGGCUAGGUAGUCAGUCUGCACUUAAAAUAUCAACCAUUUUCCUUUUUUUUUUUUUUUUUUUUUUUUGCUUUUUCCCUUAAAAUUUAUAUGUAUCCAAUACACUUAACUGAAAAACAUAUAUGUUUUUUUAUUACGCUGUAUUUUCUUUUUAUAAUUAUUGUUUAUAUUUUCAAUUAUAGAAAAAAUGUACAAAAUAAAGUUACAUUGCUGGUCUGUAAGUGCUAUACCAUUUUCCUAAAAUGUACACCAAUAACUGCAGCAGUUCACCUAUUUACAAAAAUUUGAAAUUCUGUUCAUUUGUUAUUCUUAAGACCACCUCAGAUUUAAAGGCUACCUUAUUGUACGUUUAAAGUGUAUUAUAACAGUGUGGUAGUUAAUAAAACACUAUUUUUUUUC